AUGCCACAUAUAGCCCAUAUCUCCCUAGUCGUCCGUGACUACGACGAGGCUCUCGCCUUUUACGUCCAUAAGCUCGGCUUCACCCUCGUCGAGGAUAACCAGGAGCCCAACAAGCGCUGGGUAACUAUCCGCCCUCCUGGUGCAUCGCUAGACGCGACAACUAUACUGCUCGCCCGUGCUUCGACGCCGGAACAACUAGCCGUUGUAGGAAGUCAAACGGGCGGGCGUGUAUUCUUAUUUCUCGAGACGGACAAUUUCCAGAGGGACUAUGACCGGUUUACUAAGAAUGGGGUUGAGUGGGUCAGGCCACCAGCAACGAUGGACUAUGGGACAGUUGCUGUGUUCAGGGACUUGUACGGUAACCUGUGGGACUUAAUUCAGCGAGCAAAAAUUUCUUAA